AUGAUGGGCUCAAUUAGCUCAUCGUCGGCAUCAUCAUCAAAAUCAUCAUCAUCCUCGUCGGAGUCGGAGUCGGAGUCGGAUCCAGAUUCCUCAUCUGAGUCGUCAUUUGACCCAAUAAAUUUCGGAAUAUUCUUGACGGAACGAACACGAGCAGGUUGGGAAAGAACGGAUGAGGUAGAGGAACCAAUGGAUGCACUGUUAGGAAUAGGUGGAGUAGACUGUCUAGCGUGUCUCUCUGAGGACUCAACCGCCUCGUCUAGAUCGUUCUCGGCUAACGGUGGCAUCAUUUUCAGUCUAUUCAGGGACUCCACAAGAUCAGUAUUUGAAAGUGAUUUGUGCUCAUUAACUGCCUCAAGGCUCGGGGAAUUUGUUGAAGAUGUAGUAGACAUGGGUGGGGAAGAAGCCUUCCUAGAGUGUGGCACAGAUGCGGUUCUCUCAGGCUUGUGUGUUGGGGGGUCAUGGGAGACAAAUAAAUUCUUAAGCUUAUGGCUCAUCGAUGAGGUACGACCACGGCCUGGCACACCUUGGGAAUAA